ACCCACAACAAGCAUUCAAACCACAACAAGCGACCAAACAACAGCAACUACCAUGCCAACCACUAAAACCAAAACGACCGAGCCAACAAAAACUUCCACGCCAAACACAAUGACCACGUCCACUACAAUUUCCCAACGAACCACGAUAACCGAGCAGACCACAACUACAAUGCCCACCUCAACGAUAGCGCAAACCACGACAACAGAGCAAGCAACAACUUCUACGCCAAGCAUUCCCACCACAACAACCACACCCACCACAAAGACAACACAGACCAUAACAACAAUGCCCACCUCAACAAUAACGCAAACCACGAAAACAGAGCAAACAACAACUACAAUGCCCAACUCAACGACCAUUCCCGUCACAACGACUACGCCCUCCAUAACGACCAUGUCCAACACAACAUCCACACCUACCACAACUACCACACCCAAAAUAUCCACCACGUCCACCACGACGACCAUUCCAACAACGACAACCACGCCCUCCGCAACGACCAAUCCCACAACGGCGACCACGCCCUCCACGACAACCGUACCCACAACGACGACCACGCCUUCCACAACGACCACUCCCACAACGAUAACCACGUCCUUCACAACGACCACUCCCACAACAACGUCCACGACCUCCACAACGACCAAUCCCACAACGGCGACCACGCCCUCCACGACAACCGUACCCACAACGACGACCACGCCUUCCACAACGACCACUCCCACAACGAUAACCACGUCCUUCACAACGACCACUCCCACAACAACGUCCACGACCUCCACAACGACCAAUCCCACAACGGCGACCACGCCCUCCACGACAACCGUACCCACAACGACGACCACGCCUUCCACAACGACCACUCCCACAACGAUAACCACGUCCUUCACAACGACCACUCCCACAACAACGUCCACGACCUCCACAACGACCAAUCCCACAACGGCGACCACGCCCUCCACGACAACCGUACCCACAACGACGACCACGCCUUCCACAACGACCACUCCCACAACGAUAACCACGUCCUUCACAACGACCACUCCCACAACAACGUCCACGACCUCCACAACGACCAAUCCCACAACGGCGACCACGCCCUCCACGACAACCGUACCCACAACGACGACCACGCCUUCCACAACGACCACUCCCACAACGAUAACCACGUCCUUCACAACGACCACUCCCACAACAACGUCCACGACCUCCACAACGAACAAUCCCACAACGACGACCACGCCCUCAACAACGACCACACCCAUCUCAACUACCACGCUCAAAACAACACCGUCCACUACAAAAGACACCGAAACAACAACGACAGCUAGCAUAACUACUUCGGCAACGAAUAUGUCGUCGGCUGGGGCAAUUGCAGCCUCAACAACAACUCAAUCCACAACCACCACUCCAUCCAAAAUUACCUCUCUAACCACCACCACCUCUUCAACCAAAAUAACCAUUCCAACCACAACCGCCACUCCAUCAACAACUACCACUCCAUCCACAAUUACCACACCAACUACAACCACCACAACAACCACUCUAUCCACAACAACUACUCCAACCACAACUACCACUCCAUCCACAACCACCAUUCCAAUAACAACAACCACUCCAUCCACAACAACCACUCCAACCACUCAAUCCACAACCACCACUCCAAACACAAUAACAUUUCCAACAACAACCACCACUCCAACCACAACCACCACGCAAACCACAAGUACCACUCCAACCAUAAUUAACACUUCAACCACAACAACAUUUCCAACCACAACCACAACCACAACUCCAAACACAACCACCACUCAAACCACAACUUCCACUCCAUCCACAACCACAACUCCAUCCACAACCACCCCUCCAUCCACAACCACCACUCCAACCAAUACUCCAACAACAACCUCUCCAACCACAACAACCACUAAUCCAACCACAACCACUACUCCAACCACAAACACAACUCCAACCGCAAAAACCAAUCAAACCACAAUAACCACAACAACUUCUCCAACCACAACCACAACACCAACCACAACUACCAUUUCAUCCACAACCUCGACUCCAUCCACAAACACUACUCCAACCACAACCACCACUCGAUCCACAACCACCACUCCAACCACAAUAACCACAACAACCACAACAACUUCUCCAAUCACAACCACCACUCCUUUCACAACCACCACUCCAUCUACAACCAACACUCCAUCUACAACCACUACUCCAUCCACAACCAACACUCCAUAUACAACCACUACUCCAUCCACAACCACCAAUACAACCACAACCACCACCACUCCAUCCACAACCAACACUCGUUCCACUACCUCAACUCCUACACCAUCCAAAACCACCACUGCGUCCACAACCACAACUCCAACCACAAUUACCACUCCUACUACAACCACUCCAUCCACAACCACCACUCCAUCCACAACCAACACUCCAUCCACAACAACCACUCCAUCCACGACCACCACUCCAACCACAAUAUUCAUCCCAACCACAACCACCACUCAAACCACAAUAACCACAGCAACUACUCCAACCACAACCACAACACCAACCACAACUACCAUUUCAUCCACAACCUCGACUCCAUCCUCAGCUACCACUUCAUCCACAACUACCAUUCCAUACACAACCAACACUCCAUCCACAAACACCAAUCCAACCACAACCACAACUCAAUCCACAACCACUAUUCCAACCACAACCACCACUCUAACCACAAUUACUACUCCAUCCACAACCACCAUUCCAUCCACAACCACCACUCGAUCCACAACCGAUGCUCCAACCAAAUCCACUACUCCAACCACAACUACUACAACAAUCACUUCAUCCACAACCUCUACUCCAUCCACAACCACCACUCCAGCCACAACCACUACUCCAACCACAACCACCACUCCAACAACAACAACAACCACUCCAUUCACAACUACUUAUCCAACCACAAUUACCAUACCAACCAAAACAACCUUUCCAACUAUAACCACCACUCCAACCACAACCACCCUUCCAUCCACAACCACCACUCCAUCCACGACCACCACUCCAAACACAACCACCACUACAUCCACAACCAAUAAUCCAACAACAACCACUCCAACCACAACAACCACCACUCCAUCCACAGCCACCACUCCAACCACAAGCACCACUCCAUCCACAAUCAAUACUCUAUCCACAACCAAUACUCUAUCCACAACCAAUACUCCAACAACAACCACUCCAACCACAACAACCACCACUCCAUCCACAGACACCACUCCAACCACAAGCACCACUCCAUCCACAAUCAAUACUCUAUCCACAACCAAUACUCUAUCCACAACCAAUACUCCAACAACAACCACUCCAACCACAACAACCACCCCUCCAUCCACAGCCACCACUCCAACCACAAGCACCACCCCAUCCACAAUCAAUACUCUAUCCACAACCAAUACUCUAUCCACAACCAAUACUCCAACAACAACCACUCCAAUCACAAUAACCACUAAUCCAACCACAACCGCCACUCCAUCUACAACCACCACUCCAACCAAAAUUUCCAUACCAACCACAACCACCACUCCAACCACAAAAAACACUCCAACCACAAUAACCACAAUAACUUCUCCAACCACAACCACAACACCAACCACAACUACCAUUUCAUCCACAACCUCGACUCCAUCCCCAGCUUACACUCCAUCCACAACCACUACUCCAUCCACAACCACCACUCCAACCACAACUACCACUCCAACAACAACCACCACUCCAACCACAAAAACCACUCCAACCACAAUAACCACAAUAACUUCCCCAACCACAACCACACCCCCAACCACAACUACCAUUUCACCCACAACCUCGACUCCAUCCCCAGCUUACCCCCCACCCACAACCACUCCUCCACCCACAACCACUCCUCCACCCACAACCACUCCUCCACCCACAACCACUCCUCCACCCACAACCACUCCUCCAACCACACCCACUACUCCAACCACAACCACCACUACAUCCACAAACACUCCUCCAACCAUAACCACACCUCCAUCCACAAUUACCACUGUACCCACAGUUCCCACUCCCUCGUCGACUCCAUCCCCAGCUUACCCCCCACCCACAACCACUCCUCCAACCACACCCACUACUCCAACCACAACCACCACUACAUCCACAAUCAUUACUUUAUCCACAACCAAUACUCCAACAACAACCACUCCAAUCACAAUAACCACUAAUCCAACCACAACCAGCACUCCAUCUACAACCACCACUCAAACCACAAUUUCCAUACCAACCACAACCACCCCUCCAACCACAACCACCCUUCCAUCCACAACCACCACUCCAACCAAAAUUACCAAUUCAACCACAACAACCUUUCCAACUAUGCCAACCACUCCAACAACAACCACCACUCCAACCACACCCACCACCCCAACCACACCCACCACUCCAACAACAAAAAACACUCCAACCACAAAAACCACAAUAACUUCUCCAACCACAACCACAACACCAACCACAACUACCAUUACAUCCACAACCUCGACUCCAUCCCCAGCUUACACUCUAUCCACAACCAGUACUCCAUCCACAACCACCACUCUAUCCACAACUACCACUCCAACAACAACCACCACUACAGCCACAACCACCACUCCAACCACAACCACCACUACAUCCACAGUCACCACUCCAACCACAAGCACCACUCCAUCCACAACCAAUACUCCAACAACAACCACUCCAACCACAACAACCACCACUCCAUCCACAGCCACCACUCCAACCACAAGCACCACUCCAACAACAACAACCCCUCCAUCCACAACUACUUAUCCAACCACAAUUCCCAUCCCAACCACAACCACCACUCCAACCAAAAUUACCACUUCAACCACAACAACCUUUCCAACUAUACCAACCACUCCAACAACAACCACCACUCCAAGCACAACCACCACUACAUCCACAACCACUACUCCAACCACAACAACCACUCCAACAACAACAACAAAUCCAUCCACAACUACUUAUCCAACCACAAUUACCAUACCAACCACCACUCCAACAACAACCCCCACUCCAACCACAACCACUACCCCAACCACACCAACCACAAUAACCACUAACCCAACCACAACCACCACACCAACAACAACAACAAACCCACCCACAACCCCUACCCCAACCACAACACCCCCUCCAACAACAACAACCACUCCAACAGCAACAACCACUCCAACAACAACCAUUCCAACCACAACCACCACUCUACCCACAACCAAUACCCCAACAACACCCACAAUACCCACAAACCCACCCACAACUCCUUAUCCAGCCACAAUUACCAUACCAACCACAACAACCUUUCCAACUAUAACCACCACUCCAACCACAACCACCACUACAUCCAAAACAACUACUCUAUCCACAACCAAUACUCCAACAACAACCACUCCAACCACAAUAACCACUCCAACAACAACAACCACUCCAACCACAAUAACCACUCCAACAACAACACCCACUCCAACCACAAUAACCACUCCAACAACAACAACCACUACAACCACAAUAACCACAACAACUUCUCCAACCACAACCACAACACCAACCACAACUACCAUUUCAUCCACAACCUCGACUCCAUCCCCAGCUACCACUCUAUCCACAACUACCAUUCCAUCCACAACCAACACUCCAUCCACAAACACCACUCCAACCACAACCACCACUCCAUCCACAACCACCACUCCAACAACAACAACCACUCCAACCACAAUAACCACUCCAACAACAAUAACCACUCUAUUCACAACCACUACUCCAAUCACAGCCACCACUCGAUCAACAACAAACACAACCACCACAACCACUACUCAAAUCAGAACAACCACUCCAUCCACAGCCACCACUCCAACCACAACCACUACUCUAUCCACAACCAAUACUCCAACAACAACCACUCAAACCACUACUUAUCCAACCACACUUAUCAUACCCACCACAAUCACCACUCCAACCAAAAUUACCACUUCAACCACAACAACCUUUCCAACUAUAACAACCACUCCAACGACAACCAUCACUACAUCCACAACCACCACUACAUCCACAAACACUACUCCAACCAUAACCACAACUCCAUCCACAAUUACCACUGUAACCACAGUUACCACUCCAUCGAGAACUACCACUCUAACCACAACCACUAUUCCAACCACAACCAACACCCCAUCCACAACCACUACUCCAACGACAUCCACCACCACUACUCCAGCCACAAGAACCACUCCAACCACCACAACCACUCCAACCACCACUCCAUCCCCAACCACCACUCCAUCCCCAACUACCACUCCAACCACAACAAUCAUUCCAUCCAAGACCACCAUUCGAACCAAAACAACUUCCCCAGCCAAAACCACCACUCCAACCAUAACCACAACUCUAUCGACAACUACCACUCCAACCACAAUAACCACCCCUUCAAUCACAACGACUCUUUUUACGUCUACUACUUCCAUCACAAGUAGUACCUUCAUUCCUCCAGUGAUUAUGAUAAAAGACGUUACAGCAGUAAUAUAUCAACACUUAGAAAUGGCUUGUACAGUCAAUAAUCUACCAGACGACUGGACCUCGUUGGUUGUUUCAUCGGACGUUCGAGGGCCGAUCGCCACGUUUCCUGUUACAGGAACCGUAGUGGAACAUAUACAGAGUAAUUUUGGGGCUUCCGGAUCAUAUUCUACCAACAGUGCCUCUCUCAACCUAACCAUGGACAACCAAGUAUCUCACUGCAGUGACAAGGGUGUAUUUACCUGUACUCUAUCGACAGGACACGGAAACUACACAGAUACAGCCGUUCUUGUCGUUACAGCAAAUCCUACGAGUACAAUUGCUGCCCCGACUCCAUACAGCGAAGGAGCUGAGAGUACUAUCACGUGUGUAGGCGAACUACCAAUCGGAACAGGAAGUUUAUCUUUGUACACCAAGGCAUCCGGAGGGUCAGAGUUCACAGAAUACGAUGUCGUCACUCCGACUGUAACUGACGGGGCUGUGACGUCAAACUGUACAGUAACACGAACUGUGCAAUACACGUUUACUCCGAGUUUACAGUUUAAUGGAACCGAGGCUAAAUGUGUGGCGAACAACUCAGCACUGGCGGGGUCAUCUGUUAGCUCUUCUACGGCCUUUAUUAUCGUGCAUCAAGCUGAUAUUGCAUUUAACGCCUAUAAUAGGAGGGAGGAAUUUGGUAGCUCCGAUAUUGUUAUUGGAUGCAACGUGCGGAACGCGCCCGGCUGGACAAACAGGAUGGUAACGAGGAUAACUACAGGGUCCACAGCGAUUACAUCUGUCUUUAGCCUGGUCAAAGGCAACUCUCCUAGCGAACCUCUGACUCCUCGGGCAUCUUAUGCCAUCACAGAAGAUGAUUUGUCGGUGUCUGUUACCAUAACACUUUCAACUUUGAGCUGUGAGGAUCGUGGGGUAUACACGUGUACAGCUACUGGACAAACGAGUCCUCUCACCACCAACAUGACGUUUGAAAUAUUCAGAAACCCCGGGACUCCAACACUGACGUUAAAUCCGGAUCAGAUUCAAGAUCUAAUGUUCCAUAGGGGUGGUUUUGAACACCAGUGUCUGGCAGAAGUUGGUUUUCCUCCAGGGAAUUUGACAGUUGUUUACAAGAUGAAAGGACAAUCGACGUUCGAACCAUUCCUGAGCGACAGAAUUAUUCAAUAUCCGACAAACACUUCUAUGACUAGUUGUGGAACAACUAAAUAUUUCAAGUUCGGUCUCAACUUCACGUCGGCUGACGACAGCGGAGAAGUGAAGUGCGUUGCUACCAACCAGGAAUUAGGCGUUACUACCGAAUCGGACGUUGGAACGCUAGAACUUAUUCCUCGACAACACUGUAACACAACCAGCGCCCCGAAGGUUUUGCACCACCCAACAAACUGUAAUAAGUACGUAGGGUGUACAAACAAGUAUCCAUUUGGCUCACAGUGUCCCAAUCCAAACGAGUGUGCCAACAUCGGAUCGUUGUUUGCUACCUGUGGUGGUUGUGAUGGAGUUAUUUGCCCAUGGGACAUUACAACUACAAUACAAGGACCAACGACAACAACGACACCACCUCCGACAUCCCAGUACUAUAAAUACUNCAAGGCGACAAGGAACCUGGCAGAUGUGACUUCCGUUGGGAAUGUGAUUGACAGAAACUUGAAGACGGGGGAGCAUGUCGUUUUCAGUCAAUCGUCCGUCCAAAUUACAUACGAAACUGUUAAAUGUGAUGAUGGGGGACUGUUUACUUUCCAAAUUCAGAAAAGUGGGAGAAGUAUCGAAUCACAGACAGUAACACUUAACGUAUGGGCUAAACCACAGUCUGUAUCAAUGACACUGCAUCCAGAUUUCGUUAUUGACACCGAUCGACUUGGAUCUGAACAUGUAUGUGAAGGAUUCGUAGGUUACCCUGGAGGUCAACUGGAGGUCACAAUGACUAAACAAGGAGAUCCCAAUGUUUAUUCUGUACCAUUAGCAGACUAUGAUGGAUCCAGAGCAGGAGGAAAUACUAUGACCACUGAAAACUGCAACAACAAAGCUAGGCUAGAAUUUGGACUAAAACUAGGAGCUGAAUGGCGAAAUGGUACCAUUACAUGCAGGGCCAAAAAUAGUGAUGUUCUUGAGGAUGGCAAUGUAGUACAAAAUGAUACUGCUGUAUUAUAUAUGAUACCUGGUGAGAAUAAUUUUAGACUUUAA